AUGACCCCAGAGCUGGCACAGCUGCUGCUGCUCCUGCUGCUGCUGCAGCCCUGGGAAACCUGUGGGAGGUUGGCAGCCAAGUGUCCCCUGACAUUGGAGAGGGUUACAGCGAACCCUUCCAGCUAUCAAAGGACAGGAGACCCCCGUAUUGGUGGGGUAAUCUCUGCAAGAAUUUUGACCUUUCAGGAUGUGGAGCAUUUCGGGCGAAUCCCCUUCAGCAAGCGUAUUGCCUGGAACAGACCUGCAAACAGUCGGAAUAUCUUGUCCUACCUGCUUGCUGUUCGGGAGGUCAACCAGAGCCCCGGGCUCCUCCCCAACCUCUCUCUGGGCUACACCAUUCACGACAACUUUUUUGAUGCAAGGUUUAAUUCAGACGCCCUGCUGGACCUGCUCUCUCCGGGGCAGGUGAAUGUGCCCAACUACAGCUGCAGAAGGCAGACUCUGCAUCUGGCUGUUCUCGAGGGAUCCGACUCGGACAUCUCCACCCAGAUUGCAGCCAUGCUGGCCAUCUACAAAACUCCGCAGAUCAGCCAUGCAUUUGCCUCUCAUGCCCUGAGUGAUAAGAGCCAGUUCCCCUUCUCCUACCCGAUGGUCCCCAAGGAGCCCACCCCAUAUGAGGGGAUCGUCCAGCUCUUCCUGCAUUUCCGGUGGACACUGCUUCACCGUUUCCUGAGGGACCCCCAGUUUUAUAAUGCUUCCCUCAUUGAUGGGGCAUCUUGGGACAAGAACGGGGAGCUGGUUGCGGACUUCGACAUUGUGCACUGGGUGCUGUUUCCCAAUAAGUCUAUCUUUCAUAAGAAAAUUGGGAGUUUGGAAAGACAGGGAGCAGGAGACCUCACCCUAAUGAUCAACAAAGAUGCUGCUGAGUGGCCCAAACAGAUCAACAAGUGUGUGGAGAGCUGUCCCCCAGGAUCCGUCAAGGUGGUUCAGAAAGGAGAGCCGGCCUGCUGUUACUCCUGCAACCCCUGUGGAGAAGGAACUUUCUCUGCCCAAGAAGAUGCAGAGCAGUGCAGCCAGUGCCCAGAAGAUCAGCACCCAAAUGAGGACCAAGAUGGAUGCAUCCCCAAGACCAUCACGUUCCUCACGUAUGAAGAACCUCUGGGGAUCAGCCUGGUUUGCUUGACCCUAUUCUUAUCCCUCACCACAGGACUCGUGCUGGGACUCUUUGUUAAAUUCCUCGAAACCCCAAUUGUCAAGGCCAACAACCGGGACCUCUCCUACAUCCUCCUUAUCUCCCUCCUGCUCUGCUUCUUGUCCUCCUUCCUCUUCAUUGGUAAGCCAAGUGAGGUGACUUGCCUCCUCCGACAAACAGCCUUCAGCAUCAUCUUCUCAGUGGCCGUCUCUUCUCUCUUGGCCAAAACCAUCACUGUGGUGCUGGCCUUUGUGGCUACCAAGCCAGGCAACAGGGUGAGAGGAUGGCUGGGGAAGAGCUUGGCCAACUCCAUUGUCAUCUCCUGUUCCAGUAUCCAAGUUGUCAUCUGCACCACCUGGCUGGCCACUGCCCCACCUUUCCCUGACUCAGCCAAAUACUCCCAGACUGGGCAGAUUGUCCUGCAGUGCAACGAAGGCUCUGUGGCCAUGUUCUAUGCUGACCUUGGCUACAUGGGCUUCCUGGCUGCCACCUGCUUCCUGGCGGCCUUCCUGGCCAGGAAGCUGCCUGGGGCCUUCAAUGAGGCCAAACUGAUCACCUUCAGCAUGCUGGUCUUCUGCAGUGUCUGGGUGUCCUUCGUGCCCACCUACCUGAGCACCAGGGGUAAGUAUGUGGGGGCUGUGCAGAUCUUCUCCAUCAUGGCCUCUGGUGCUGGGCUGCUGGGCUGCAUCUUCCUCCCCAAGUGCUACAUUAUCUUACUGAGGCCUGACCUGAAUAAAAAGGAGCAUCUAACAGCAAAAACAAAGCAGAGCAUCUGA